AUGCCUCAGGGUAAGAGCCCAAACUUUCUAGGAGUAAUGAGCUCCGAAGCCAGCAAAAGUCGGCGCGAGCGAAACAGAGAGGCCCAACAGCAGUUCCGAAAGCGAAGACAAGUUGCUGAAGCGGCUCGCACGCAGCGGCUGAAGCACCUAGAAGGUAUCAUAGAGAAAAUGAGCACUGUGAUAGUAUCCUUCACCGACAAGAUGUUGCACGAGGACGUUUUGAAGCAAUAUCCAUUAUUGGCCGCCAAUGCUCAAGAGGUCAUCACCCACGUACUUGCACUAGCCCAAGAAGCAGGAGAUCCUGAAGAGGGUAACAUGGCUGAAUCAGCUUCACCCAAUAGUAGAGAUGGUUUCUCUGCGACACAAGACUCGGGGUUCUCUGACCUAGCCUUUCAUUCGAGUCCUAUGCAGACCGAUAUGAUGAACAUUGAUCAACAGAACACCACGUUGAUGACACACCCUUCGUCACGAUAUCCCCGCACCAUGGGUGAUUCAACAAUUGCAUAUACGAAUUUCCAAGACCCUACACUGUCGGAACUUCCGUAUCUACCACCAUCAACGCUGCUACCAUCGCUCGGUCCUGUCCCAUGGAACAAUUCCAAGCCUCUUUCGCCUACAUCGUUUACGUAUAGACUUACUCACUCGUGUUUUAACGUGGGUCUCCUCCUUCUUAAAAAGUCCCAAGGCUCACCGUUUGCUCUCCCAGACGAGACCCGAGUAUUCGGCACAACACUACGACAGGACGAGCGAGAGGCGAUGAUAAGAAAACUCAGGUGGAUCAUGGGUAUUGGAUCGCAAGAUAUAAAGCUGGCUUCGCUCUUGCCAUGGGGAGGGCGAUACCGCGGGCAAGACUUUGCAGGAGAUGAUCUCACUAGCACUUGCAAGACUACAGACAGAACAGCAUUGCAGUUUCUUAGCGCUGCUGGUAUCGAACAACAGUUGGGCAGAUUGGAUGCCCGAGUUGUAGCUCAAGAUACCCUUGAGUUGGAUCUGGGCGGAGCUAUGGGUGACGAUGAACAGAGACCGUUACAACCAGACAGCUGGAGCUUUGUCAACUUCUUCCCACCUGAUAUCCUCGAACAAAAGGGAAAGUGUAUCAAGAUGAGGGUAUGA